AUGGCGGACUUUGCAAAGUGGUUCGUUACGGGCGACAACGGGUUGAUGCAAGAGUUCGAGAAAUUUGUCGUUGAGCAGAUCGUUGCGGACACCUUUACAAAGUAUCACAAAGAAGAAGAAGAAAGAAAACGAAAAGAGGAAGAAGCAAGGGAUCUGGCAGAAGCACGGAAGUUCCAAGUUUACAACCUCUCCGUCAAGUACUUCUAUCGCUGGAGGGAAAUCGCCCGCAACCUUCGUCUAAGCAAACUGCGGCGGCAGGAGAGGGAAGAGCACCGAAGAGUUCAAAGGGAGCUGCGAGAGGAGGAAAUAAAGAGAAAGAAGAAGGCGGCCAUUGCGGUCGAAGCACGACGAAAAGCCCUGGAGAGGCACGGUGUUGAUCCUGUGGAGGAGUUCAGGGAACUGCUCUACCUCCGAAAAGACGACCCUCAUGUCGAUCUGCAGGCCGAGGCAGAAGCCCUUCUCGCCACCGGUAUCUUGUCGGGCGUUUCGGAUGAACGAGCCGCAGUCGCGAAUGUUAUGCGCCCCCCCGUGAAGGUCGAGACGGCUGCAACAACACCGUUGCCUCGAUCGCGGUCGACGACAAGCUUGUCGCAGUCAUCAUCGGGACCUAAGCCCUGCGGCGCUAAGACGCGAGCUCUGAGGGAAGAGUUCGGCAAAAGCAGCAAUAACUUCCGCCGGUCCCUACCUCCCAUGUCAGCGCACUCCUCAUCGUCGCGCAUGUCAUCAGAGCCUCAGAAACGUGUCAGCAAGGUGUCUGACCGUUGGCGUCUGAAGGCAAUGGGACUCGUAACGAUGCCUGACGGAUCGGCCCUGCCAGAGGCUAUCGCCAAUGAGAUGCGAUACAACGGCAAACGUUAUGAGGGUCUUGGUUCGUUCGGCUUGGACAGAAACGAUACGGAGCGACGCCGGAGCGUAUCCGCCGAUCUCAGCCACGCCGCGGAGGCCCGCCUGCGGUUCUCGCAAUCGCUGAACGGCGGCAGCACCACCCCGCAAACAAAUGGAACUUCGCCGCCUAGCAAGAGGAAGCGGUCGCUCGAGGAGGACCACGAGACGGCGGCCACGGAUGAGACCCGCGUCAAGAAGCGGCCGUCGAGCAACACGGACCUCGACAGGAUACUGCGUGAGGCAAGGGAGAACCUGGAGUCGCUGAGAAGCUCGAGAGCCGAGCUGGACGAAGGGGCGGAAUGGUUCAGGGAGCAAAACGAGAUGAUGCACGCCGAGGAGCUGAGCAGGGCCAGUUCGCCAUGGGGCAAGGGCGGGGGGUAUCGGUGA